UUUCAGAACAUCCCGAUCCCAGGACACUUGCAAUCUUUCUGACUGAUUUUGUUGCCGCCAUGAAGCGAAAGCUCGACGCUAAUGAUGUACCCUCUCCGGAGGCUACAGACAAGAAGGAGAAGCAAGAAGAGGACAACGCCGACUUCGAAAGCCUCAACUUGGAUCCGCGAUUGCGCCAAGCUCUGAUCAAAGAAAAGUUCACGAAGCCUACGCUUGUUCAGGCGAAAGCGAUUCCCCUGGCUUUAGAGGGCAAGGAUAUCCUAGCCCGUGCGAAGACUGGAUCGGGCAAGACGGCCGCAUAUGUACUCCCGAUUUUGCAAACGAUUCUCCAGAAGAAAGCUACCGACCCCUCGUUGAAAGCGACCACAGGCCUCAUUCUUGUCCCCACUCGAGAGCUUGCGGAACAGGUCCAGAAUGUCGUCACUACAUUCGCUUCCUUCUGCGGAAAGGAAAUUCGCUCGGUGAAUCUGACACAAAAGGUCUCGGAUGCUGUUCAGCGCACUAUGCUGGCUGAUUACCCCGAUCUGGUUGUCUCGACGCCCGCCCGUGUUGUUACCAAUCUCGGUAGCUCCGCUUUGUCUUUGGAGAACUUGACACAUCUCGUGAUCGACGAGGCGGAUUUGGUGUUGUCGUAUGGAUACGAAGAUGAUAUCAAUGCCUUAGCCAAGGCGAUCCCGCGUGGUGUACAGACGUUCCUUAUGAGUGCUACGCUCACCGCGGAAGUGGAUACACUGAAGGGUUUGUUCUGUCGGAGUCCGGUCACAUUGAAACUGGAGGAUAAGGAUGAUCAAGGUGCUGGUGUCAGUCAAUUUGUUGUCAAAUGCGCGGAGGACGAGAAAUUCCUUUUGACCUACGUCAUCUUCAAGCUUCAACUCAUCAAAGGAAAAGUCAUUAUUUUUGUAGACGAUGUCGACCGUUGUUAUCGUGUGAAGCUUUUCCUCGAACAAUUCGGAAUCAAGAGCUGUGUACUGAAUUCAGAAUUGCCCAUCAACUCCCGGAUCCACGUCGUCCAAGAGUUCAACAAGGGCGUGUACGAUAUCCUCGUGGCGGCAGAUGAACAAGAAGUAAUGGGCGUCCGGAAGUCGAAGAAGUCUAACGACACCGAAGAAAAUGCCGACGGCUCAAGCGACGAAAACGAGGGUGAGGCGGAAGUAAAGCAGACAAAGCGCCGCAAGGUAUCAGGAAAAGAGAAAGACUACGGAAUCUCUAGAGGGAUCGAUUUCCAAAAUGUUGCAUGCGUACUGAACUUCGAUCUUCCCGCCACUUCCAAAUCCUACACGCACAGAAUCGGCCGUACCGGAAGAGCAGGCAAAACCGGCAUGGCGCUGUCCUUUGUCGUCCCCAAGGACCAAUACGGAAAACACAAGCCCACCUCUACCCCCACAUCCAAGCAUGACGAGUCCGUUCUAGCGAAGAUCAUCAAGCGGCAAGCGAAGCUUGAUCACGAGGUUAAACCAUACCACUUUGAAAUGAAGCAGGUCGAAGCCUUCCGGUAUCGUAUGACAGACGCUCUCCGUGCUGUAACACGACUCGCCGUCCAGGAAGCCCGAGCCCGAGAAAUCCGCCAAGAACUGAUCAAGAGUGAGAAGCUCAAGCGUCACUUCGAAGAGAAUCCCGAAGAGCUGCGCCAGCUGCGUCACGACGACGAGCUGCGUUCCGCCCGAGUUCAACCUCACCUCAAGCAUAUUCCAGAGUACCUGAUGCCUUCCAAGGGCAAGAAGGGCAUCUCCAGCCAAGACGUCGGAUUCGUAAGUAUGCGGAAACAGAACGAAAAUCGCAUCAGGAAAGCCAGGGAGAAGAAUCGGGGUAAGGGCAAGGGCCGGAAGCCUACAGGUGUCAAGAAGGUGGAUCCGUUGAAGACGUUCAACCGGGGGCGGAAGUGAAAAUAGGGAUAUUAUAUUAUUGUGCUAAAAAGAAAAUACCAUCAUGCUCUUUACUGUACAUACUGGGUUGGGAAAUGAAAAGUGCCUAUUGAAAAAGUUCUAC